GAACUAUUAACACUUUCUCCGAGUGCUGUUUCUCUAUAGCUAUUAUUCUACUGUAACAUGGUUUCUCUAGUACUAUUCACUCUCUUUACUUGCCUCCUUCGCCUUCCUCUAAUUACAGCGCUAAAAUAUCAUAUCGACUCCUCAUGUACCCAUAGGACAGGUGUCAGACCGUCUGUAAACGAAGCAAUAUACGCAGCACAGCGAACCUGGUCUCGUAUGGAAGGCUACACUGAGGAUGAUGACAUCAAACAUAUUCUAUGGCGUCUUUUCGGAAUUGAAACUCCAGACCAUCCUCUUUUUCUGCAUAUAUUAAGCGUAAUGCGCCGCAUGGGAGAGGCAACAGAAAUUGUAAAUGAGCCAUCUCAAGAAGAUCUAGUGACGCGCAUCUUCUGUGAUGAUGACAACCGCUGGAAAAAAUCGUCCGUUACAACAAAAAAAUACUACUUUUGGCAAACGACCUCAGACAUAUGGAUAGAUAUGACACCACAAUUCAGAUCCGUAAGAGGGGGUAUUACGAAUUACCUGUUCAGCCGUAGUACACCGCCGGACUGCACUAAUAAGGACAAAAGAGCUGUUGUCACCCUAUAUAAUAGUACGGAUGAGAUGUACAACAGCAUGACCAUCUGCGAGCCGUACAGUAGAAUGUCUGGUUUGACGUUAGAAAGGCUCGCAGAGGAUUACCCUGAUGAAAUACCACUUAGGGACAAUCGCGCCCCGAGUCCAAAGACAGUCUUUAGCAUGAUAAUACUCUACCAUUUACUGAACACGGCGGAGUUCAAAAAUUUAAUACAGCCUCUGCCAAGUGUCUAUCUUGAUUGGGAGCCAUGUGUGAUUAUGCCAGAGCGGAUGGCGGCAAGAAAUGUACAGAACUAUGCGUACCUUGCCAUGCUUGCAUUGUUAGGGGACUAUGGGCUAACGCUUCAUUAUCGUCCAGAUGAAGAUGAAGAUGAGAGUGAGUUCGAUAGUCCAGAAGAGUAUGACGACUAUCAAGAUCGAGGAACGCCCACGUUCGGAUAUUUAGUUAGAACCCCAUAUUAUGAACCGGGGGCCCCUUGGCCACCAAGGGACUGAUAGCAUCAAGAGAAAUCCUUUAUACCGGAGCGCCAGGCAGUAACACAGAAAAGAAGCACUCCACAAACUAUUUAGAUUAUUUUCCUUAUCAGUAUAAUGUAUGUUCUUAUCGUACACUUAUAAGAAAUAGUAUACCCGAC